AUGUCUUCUUACGGUAGCCGAGUGCACAAGAUAGCUAGCAUUUUCCGAAGGGUUACUGGCUUACUGGAAAACGGAGCGAUGGAGGCAAAGGAUAGGCCACUGUGGUACGACGUUUAUAAGGCUUUCCCACCUAGAGUGGAACCCACUAUGGAGAGAUCACUACCAGCUGAUCUCCACACUCGGGAGAUACUCUAUGCAGAGGAUGUGGGACGAGUAGCCUUCCUUCAGAAGUAUGAGGAUGCUGAUGAAGAUCUUCACAAUCUCUUUGCACCAAGCGAUAAAGGCACUUGCAUGGCCAAAUUCAUCACAAAAGCACGGGCAUUGGGCGCGGAUGCUGAUCAUACUCUGUGGACAGACGAGGCUUUCCUUGAGAAGGACUUCGUAUUUUUGGGUUCCGGUUCGGCCUAUCCAUCACCCCACAGAGCAGCCUCAGGUCUAAUUCUGCGACACACCAACGGCACCCAGUGGCUUUUCGAUUGCAGUGAAGGUACGCAGGUACAAUUGCAGAGUUGCGCAGCUGUCCGAGCGCAAAGAAUUUCGCGGAUCUUCAUAACUCAUCUUCAUGGGGAUCAUAUCUUCGGAUUGCCGGGUCUUUUGGCCACUAUUUCAGGAAUGCGGGAGCAUGCAGUGGAUCCGAGGUGGGUUCUAACAAUGGAGUCGAGGGAGGAUUCAAGUCCACCGGAUUUGGAAAUUUAUGGGCCUUGUGGAUUAAGACGAUUCUUGAGAAUUACGACUGCAAUCUCUUGGUCUCUACUGCGAAUGACUUAUGUUGUACAUGAACUGCAUCCUCGACCCGACCAGGUAGCCAAUUGUUUUCCCUACUGGACUGCCACUGAUUCCGAUCCUGUGCGAGACAGGAUGCUGCCCUUUGAAAGGACAGGCAGGGAUAUUCACCCUGACCCUGAUGGCUUCUUUCGUGACAUCUUCGGAGCAAGAGAGGUAGGGUUGAAAGAUGGAAGGGAAGACUUUGUAGUUCAUGCUUUUAUGCUUGAUCACCCAGUCCCCUGCGUGGGCUACCUCCUACUCGAGCCUGCGCCUCUGCCUCGCCUUCGGGCAGAUAAGGCCGUUGCACUUGGCGUCAAACCUGGUCCUCUCAUGGGCAGGCUGAAGCGGGGCGAGUCGGUGACCUUUGAACGCGAUGGCAAAGAGGUAACAGUUAAUCCUGUCGACGUACUGGAUGUCGCUUUACGUGGGCGAAGGGUGGCCAUCCUUGGAGACAGUCGUGACUCCUCCGAACUGCGCCGUCUCCUCAUAAGUCUCUUCAGUACUCCCUCUGAUGACUCCAAAGUCGAUAAGUGUGGUGAUGCAAGUGAUGGCUGCCGAUGGCGGCUGGAUUGUCUGGUGCAUGAG